AUGCGCCCUUCUCUCUAUUGUGCACCUCUUUUUCUUCUGCUACUAUUACAUUUGGCAUUUGCUAGGCCUCUCUUUCCUCUACCGAGUAAGACGAAGAAUGAAGAGAAGAAACCCAUACAGACGUUUCGACCAUAUAACAUUGCUCAUCGUGGCUCAAAUGGGGAAAUUCCCGAGGAAACAGCUGCUGCAUACCUGAGAGCUAUUGAAGAAGGGGCAGAUUUUAUAGAGUCUGACAUCCUUGCUAGCAAAGAUGGGGCCUUGAUUUGUUUUCAUGACGUAACACUGGACGAUACAACUGAUGUUGCCAGGCGUAAGGAAUUUGCAAAUCGAAGAAGAACCUAUGAAGUGGAGUGGUUUAAUGUUACUGGAUGGUUUGUAGUGGACUUCACACUGGAGGAACUUAAAACACUUAAAGUGAAGCAGAGGUACUCGUUCAGAGAUCAACAAUACAAUGGUAUGUUUUCAAUCAUCACAUUUGAAGAAUUCAUUUCAAUUGCCCUAGAUGCAGACAGAACUGUCGGCAUAUAUCCAGAGAUUAAAGAUCCAGUUUUUAUCAACAAGCAUGUCAAGUGGGCUGAUGGAAAGAAGUUUGAGGACAAAUUUGUGGAUACCUUGCUUAAAUAUGGAUACAAAGGUCAAUAUAUGUCAGAGAAUUGGCUGAAGCAGCCAUUGUUUAUACAAUCCUUUGCUCCCACCUCCAUUGUACAUGUAUCAGAUUUGAUUGACUCUCCGAAGGUAUUUUUGAUUGAUGGUAUCACAGUGAGAACACAAGACACGAACCAGUCAUACUGGGAAAUCACUUCAGAUGAUUACCUUGCAUACAUUCGUAAAUAUGUUGUCGGCCUUGGUCCGUGGAAAGAUACUAUUGUUCCAGCUUCAGGAAACUACUUGAUGCCACCUAGUGAUCUUGUCGCACGGGCACAUGCUUAUAAUCUCCAGGUACAUCCAUACACGUACAGGAAUGAGAACCAGUUCCUGCACUUCAACUUUCAUCAAGAUCCCUACAGUGAAUACGAUUUUUGGAUAAACACUGUGGGGGUUGACGGACUGUUUACAGAUUUCACUGGAACCCUUCACCGGUACCAAGAAUUGACGUCCCCGCACCCAAAGGAUGAAACUGCAAAUAGCCUCCUAGUAAAAAUUAGUCAAAUGAUCUCAGCAUAUGAAGGUCUCUGA